CCUUCAUAAUCGUCAGUUUGCCAUUGGCUCGCUUUCAGUAAUUUUGAGGUUAUGUUGUGGUUAUUCUCGUCUUCACGCAUGUCAACAAAUAUUACAACUGGAGUUAAUAAAUAAACACGAAAUACAGAUUGUUUUUCAUCAGUUCAUUCACGCGGAGAGGAAUCAUAUCAUUAUGGCUGAUGCAAAGUCACUGGCGUUGCCACAAAAAAAAUAUUACCGACAAAGAGCCCACGCGAACCCCAUUGCAGAUCAUUGCAUCGAUUACCCAAUUAAGCCCGAAUUGGCCGACUGGAGCGCAUUAUAUCCACUCAACAUAAGUGACCAAGAAAAUGAUGAAAACACAGAUGUUUUACCAAAACAAGUGGAGUUUGCUGACAUCGGAUGUGGCUACGGUGGAUUACUCGUGACGUUAUCCCAAAUGUUCCCCAAAACCCUGAUAUUGGGAAUGGAAAUUAGAUUAAAGGUUUCUGACUACGUGAUGGAUCGUAUUGCCGCCCUGAGAUCACAAUAUCCUGGAGAGUAUAACAACAUCGCUUGUUUGAGGACGAAUGCUAUGAAGUAUUUGCCUAAUUACUUUAGAAAAGGACAGCUGAAGAAAAUAUUCUUCCUGUAUCCGGACCCCCACUUCAAGAAAGCGAAACACAAAUGGCGCAUCAUCAAUAAAACCCUGCUUGCUGAGUAUGCCUACGUAUUAGCUGAACAAGCACUAGUUUAUACAGUGACAGACGUUAAAGAUCUUCAUGAAUGGAUGGUCCACCAUUUUGUUGAACACCCUUUAUUCGAGAGGAUUUCUGAUGAGGAGGCUAAUGCAGAUCCUAUUGUACCAAAACUGUACGAAAGUACUGAAGAGGGACAGAAAGUCACCAGAAACAACGGUGACAAAUUUCUCGCUGUCUUUCGACGAAUUGAGGAUCCUCACAAGGCGGAAAGAAAGGACUACUGAUUUGCCGUGGUCAUCCUUCCAGUCUAUCUUUUUUACGAAUUCAUAAUUUCCAUAUCAGGAUAUGGAAGAAUGGAAUAAAAGUUUAUAUCGUUUAAU